AUGACGCAGAACGACAUCUGGGUGUUGGCAUGGUUACUGGCCGGUUUGUACCAAACGGUGGCGAGGACAUUGGUCACUCGCACUGAAACUGGUCAAGAUAAAAGCGAGUUACACAUGACGGUCCGCCGCGCGCACGACCCGUCCAAAGGCGCGGCGGGCCGGCGCGCCACGUUCAGUGACGAGUCGUGGGAAGCGACAACGCCCGUCCACUCCGCCCCGGACGAGAACCGCUCCCAGGCCUUCAGGAGCGGCAUGCUCCUCUCCGACGACGCCGUGCCGGUCACGCCGCGCCCGCGCAAUCGCCCGCGCUCGCGCCCGCGCGCGCGCCCGCGCCCGCACACGCACGCCCACUCGGCCGACGGCGAGCGGGAGCGCGAGCGCGAGUGGGAGUUAGAGCGCGAGCGCCAGGAGCAGCUGCAGCGGCGCCGCAGGCGCAGAGAGCGCCAGCGGGGCCACAGCCGCCGCCACCGCCUGGCCAAGGUGGGACUGCGCGGGCCUCAACGCUCCAAGAGGGCCAACGUCACCGCCGCCGCCGCCGGCGCCGGCGGGUCCAAGAGGCUGCGCGACGAGUUUCUCUCGCGCGUCGAGGCGUUCCGCAGGGACCUCUUCGACCAGGUCAUGAGGAUGAUAAGGCCAGCGUCAUUUCCACAGGCCCGGCUCCUACCCGCGAGUCCACUAGACCUAGCCGCAAGGUCUGCCCAGACCUCCACUUCCACCUCCACCUCCAGCCCUCUGGAGGCAAUGGAGGUGCGUCGCAUGGCAGAGGAUUCCGUGACGGACCUUCCGCUCAAAGCAGCUCCCCGAGCGCUCGGCCUCACGCACGCUCAGGCGCCGCCGAGACAAAACCCGCCUCCAACCACGCCGUCCGCGCCCAAGAACAUCGACGACACGGCUGUGGGCGGAAGAAGCGGGCUCACGACCACGACGGCGGAAACGGUGACCAUGGCGACGGCCAGACCGAGAAACGUCACGGUUCAGUUCCGCUCACAGGACCUACACGCGGCUGACGUUAAACGUAAUACGACGUCGAGCGAUCCGACGAAAAAGGAGCAGAACGCGCCACUACAACCUGCUAAUCCAGAUUCAUCCAAGUCGCCCAUCGAGGUUCGUUCGAGAGUCAUUGGCGUAGAAGCAGCGAACGCAUUUUCACCGCCCACGGAGACACCCCGGGCGUCAAACAACAAAAUGCCCGAGUUGGCCGCCAGGUCUCAAGAUCACGAAGCGCCGGACGGAGAUGCGACAAUUGCGCCUCGGGCUCAGAACUUACAGGUGCCCUUUCACAGAGGAAAACUUCAGAACGCAGCGUUGAAUUUUACUGUUGACACUGCGCCACGACAAAUGAUGACGCCGUUCAAUUGUCAACGCAAGUUAGCUUAAAACAACAUUCACGAAUCAAUGAAUAGAUCUUGAUAUUCUAAAUAUUUAUA